AACAUCGAAUAACAAUGAGAAUGUAAUUGAAGAAGGUAAAUUUCAAAUAGAUCAUUUAUUGAAACAUGCAAGUGUAAUUGAUUGUCGUUAUGGAUUUAUGUCCGAAGACUCUACAGGUGUUAUACGAAAAAUAGAAUAUGAUUCAGUAACAAAUGCAUUUAUAGGAUUUUCGACACCAUUGAUAGCCGGUUUACCAUCAUGCAAACAUUUUCAGAUAGAUGCAUUCGAUGAAUUGAAAAACUGGUUUUCAACUUAUGAAAAAGCUCAACUAUUGAAUGUACAUAUGUUUCAACCCAUCACAACAAAUUCAGCUCUCUCGUCACCUUAUUUAUUCUCAACAUAUGGUACAAGUAGUAAAUUUACACCGAAUGAUAUAUGGUGUAGAUGGAUUUUGUUUAAUAAUAUUAUACUGUCUGUUUUAGAUUGUUGUCUAAGCCAUACAGGAUUAAUGUCGAAAAUUUACCAGGAUGAACAUGAACAGACCAAUGAUGAAGAUGCAAAGGCAUAUAAUGAAGAAGAUAAUAACAAUUAUAAUACAUCUACUGAUUCACCUGCUCUGUAUAGUCAAAAAUUAGAAAUAGCAAAAUAUAUAUGUCAGGCGAAUCUCGACAAAACAAAAACAAAUCAAUUGUUGACAUUAUUAAAUCUUGUGCAUGAUCAACGUCAAUUACCACCAUCUUCAAGUAUUGAUUUAUGGGAUAAAUUGAAUAUAAAAUUCGAAUAUACAAAAAUUGAAUACUGUACAAGUUGUACGUUGGAAAUAAAUGAAUCUUCAUGUUUAUGCAACAGUACUAAUAAACCAAUUUCAUCUGAAUUGAUAAUUUUUCCCACUGUUAAAGAAAUCGAACGAAUCGUUAACAACAAUUAUGAUUUAAUGUUAAAUUCUAAAUUACAAAAAGAUAAUAAUUUAGAUGAUAUUGUAAUGGGUAUCUUACAUUGCUGUCUUUUCUUUUAA